GGAUGUUGUCGCAUUUCUCCUCCACUGAAAACUGGUGUUUUGAUACGUCGCGCGUGGAUUUCCAUUCGCAAGCAGUCUAAACAAUGUAUAGAAAUGUAUAUCUGAUUAUUUAACAUUGUCUUUUGUCAACGUAGACUUUGUAAAGCCAAACCGAAACCUCGAGCGUCUCCGCACGCGCGUCUAGGCAGCUUCACCAUAGGAAGAUGUUGGUGACCUCGUUGGCGCUAGCAUUGAGAAAUAUAAGUGCAUUGUUUAUAAGUUUUUAUAUUUCUAAUCGGACAACAGCGCUGACUGCUGAGUUGUAAACAUGACUCUAUCAGUAGGUUGCCUUUCAUUCAGGCAGCCGUACGCAGGCUUCAUACUGGAUGGUGUGAAAACUAUUGAGACACGAUGGCGACCUCUUUUGGCUGACAUGAAGAACAGCACUCUUGCCAUUCACAUCGCCCAGAAAGAUUGGGAAGGAAACGAGUGGAGAGAAAUGCUUGCAGGGCCUUUGGGCAUGACUGAAAGACAGAUAGAGGGACUACUGGAUUCUGGUGAAAGAUUUGGUAGAGGAGUUAUUGCAGGCUUGGUGGAUGUGGGGGACACCUGGUGUUGUGAAGAUGAAACGGACACUGCUGAGCUCAGGGAGUUUGAGAAGGCAGCACUUCUGACUGGGCUGCCUCAGAAAUACCUCACCUACCUGUCUAACCCGCGCUGGCUACAGCAGCCUCUCUACGCUCGAGGACGAAAGGACGUGUGGACUGUGGACAUCCCCUUGCAGCUACUCCCUUGAUUUGUUUGGCAAUGUUUUUACACAUUGUGAAAAUAAUGAUGUGUGUUUUUUUUCAGUCUUCGUUAACGGCACUCUUUUUGUUACCAUUGCAAUAAACAAUGUAGCAGUUUGCUA